UACUCAAAAAAAAGUCGGUAUACUAUUAAACAGUGUAGCUAGAAACUAAAUAAAAAUUUUAUCAAACAUGAAUCAAACGUUAGAAAAUUUAUGUGGUACGAAAUUAAAUACUUAAAAAUAGUUUUAUUGCCAUUUUCAUUUUAAAAAUAAAAUAACACACAUAAUAUUAUGCCAUUACGUAGUGCUUGUGGAGUAGGGAAUAAUACAACUGCUACCAUGGUGGGAGGUGGUGCUUUAGUCGCGUCAACAGUAGCAAUGUUAGAACAAAAGAGUAACAAUAAUAGUUCAAAUAUAAUUCGUUCAAAAACUCCACCGCGUCGUUUUCAACAUUCAACAGUAUCCCGAUUGACGUAUUUUAAUAAAAAUUGUGAAAAACCAUCUAGUCAAAAUAAUAGUUUUAGUAAUUUACCACCAGAUGUCUCUACAAACAAUAAUUUAAAUGAUAAAAACUGUCGUUCGCCUGAUAUCUUACCAAAAAAAUCGUCAGAUAAUACUACUACACCAAAAAUCAUUGAUAGUCUACCAAAAAAAUCUAUCGAACCAGAAGUUGUUUUACAUGUGGACGAAGAAAAUGACAUAGUUCAAACAAACUCUUCGACAACGAUGUCUAAGUCCAAUACAAAUUCAUCAUCUAGUUCUACAUGUACUGUUAUUAAUAACAAAGAAAUUCCAUCACCAGAUCAUGAUACUCAAAAAUUACGUCCAUUAAGUUCUUCAUCAUCAGAUGGAGGAGGAAGUAGCACCACGUGCUCAGAGACUGCGGUUGUUAAUGUUUGUGGAGAUGAUGAUGAUGAUAGUUCUGAGGAUGACAGCUCAGAUGAAUGCUCUGAUGAUUCGGAUAUGACAUCUGAUGAUGAGUCAUCUAGUGGGCGGGAGUUUACUGUUAUGGAAGACAGAGGUGGGGGAUAUGGAAGUAGUAAUAAUCAGCGAGGCUUAGAACCAAUUACUGAAGAAGAACGGCCAGUAACAUCGAGCAGUAUUAAUACACUUGAAGAAGAUGAUUCAACAUGUUGUGAUGAAGAUUUUCAAUGGAUAAGCAGUUCACGUACAGAAGAACAUUCCCCAACGCCAAAUGGCUCCUCAUAUAAUAGUACGCCACCAGAGGAGCAACGACUUUCUAGUACACAGUAUCAAAAACCAGCACCCCGUAGCACACAGCAUAAUCCUCAUCGAUUACGAACGGAUAAUUCACCUCGACGAUCGGUAGAACGCUCUGCACCAGGUAGCUUAGAUCGCCGACGUCCACAUCACAAUCAUUCAAAUCGACAAGAUCGGGAUAGUAAAUCGAAAUCAACGCAUACACCACUACAACGUGGUGAAAAAGAAUAUCGACAUCAAUCACCGUCAUCCGCGUAUCCAGAAUUUCAUUUUCCACCGCCACCACCUCGAUGUGAAUUAUACAAUAAUAAUGGCUUACCUCCAAGACAUUGGAAUUAUGCCUCAUCGCCUUCUGCAUGCGAUGAACAAACACAAUGGAAUGGUGGAAGUACAGAAUAUUGCAACGAUUACGAUUGCUUUCAUAAACAUCAUGAACGAAACGAUCCAAAACGAUAUGGGAGCUCAUCGCUGCUAGUAGAAUAUCCAUCUCCAGGUGGCCCUGGAGGUGGAAACACACACCAAUAUCAUCAUCGUCUUGGUAGUCAACCUGAUUUGUAUGGAACUCCAGAAGUAGAUCGGGGCGGGCGUGGACUCAUGUCACCGUUACAUUCUUGGCGUGGUUUACCCCCAUCUCAACAUAUGUGUUGUGCGGCAUAUCAUACGUUGCCACCAAUGCCAUGUUGCCAUCAUGGACCUCCUACAGGAUGUUAUGAUUCUGAUGUACGUAAUUAUAGCACAUGGAAUAAUUAUCAUAAGUCUGGCGAACAAGAUGAGAAAAUUAAACGAUUGGAAAAUGAUAAAGACACAUUACAAAUGCAAGUACAAGUAUUAACGGAACAAAUUGAAACACAAUCGGAUAAAAUUGCUGAAUUAGAGAAAUUAUUAAGUGAAAAGAAACAACUGCUCGGCAAUGCAGAGGAUCUCUUGCAGAGAGUAAGGACACUCGCUACUUACAUAGCCAGCCACAUUGAUAAGCAAAAAGAAAUGUUAUCACGUUCCUCGUUAGAAACACAAAAAUUGGAAUUAAUGUCAGCUAUGUCUGAAUUAAAAUUACAACAAGCAGCAUUAGAACGUGAAAAUAUUGAAUUGCGCACUAGUCAUUAUGCAUCGCAAUUAAAUGGUAAUCAUGUGAUUACAAAUCAAUCAGCAACGUUAACAAAUAUUAAUAAAAAACCACCAUUAAUACCAAGAACAUCUCCCAUACCACAGCAUACUUCCACGCCAGUACACCAUUCAACAAAUACAAAUCAAAUAUCUUCCACAAUAUUAUCAUCAACGCCUAGUCCAAUAUCAGGAAAUACAACCAGUAAUACACCGUUGUCAACUCGUAAUGAUGAUAAUCAACCGAGGACACCACCACCAAAUUAUCGACGCACUGUGGAUUUGCAUUAUGGCAGUUUACCACGUCAAACGUAUUUAUCAACAAAUGGUCUAAUAAUGGAUAAUAAUGCAAAUAGUUCACAAACAAAUUUAACAGGAGUUCCUAAUUCAGCGAGUGUGCCAUCUAGAAAAGGUGUUGCAUUUGGUAAAGGAAUAUCUUCACUACUUGGGGGGGCUAGAGGUCGUGGGCAUUCAGUACCGAAUUUAGCGGAAACAGAAAAAGUAGUUAUUGAAGAUUCAAACGAUGGGGUUAAUAGUUUUUCACCGCAAGCAUCGCCAUCAUUGAAUAAAAAUAAAGGUAUUAAAAAAAUAUUUGGAAAAAUGAAACGAUCAGGAUCAGGCAAUUUAGAUGAUUUAUCAGGUGAUGGUGAAUUUCGUCGUGGUGGUGUGCGUGCAACUGCUGGUCCGCGUUUAUGUUGGAGCCAACCACCAGAUUCGAAAAGACCAGAUAAACCAUUCCAUGAAUGGGAUAUCGAAAACAUAUGUGAUUGGCUACAAGAAUUAGGAUUAGAAGCGUAUUUAACUGAAGCGAAACGUUGGGUUAAAGAUGGUGCACAAUUGCAAGCUGCUACUGGUCAUGAAUUUGAAAAGGAAUUGGGCAUUAAAAAUCCAUUACAUCGAAAGAAAUUGCAAUUAGCAAUUUUAGAUUUAACUGAUAAUGGAACAAAUGAUACGUUGCUAGCGUCAGCAGGACGGUUGGAUACGGCAUGGGUGCUACGAUGGCUAGAUGAUACAGGGUUACCACAACACAAAGAUGCAUUUUUACAAGCACGUAUUGAUGGACGAUUACUACAUCGUUUAACAGUGGAUGAUUUAGCUACACUUCAUGUGACGUCUUUAUUACAUGCUACAAGUAUACGUCGUGGUAUUCAAGUUUUGAGAGAACAUGAUUUUGAUCCCGGAUGUUUAAUACGGCGAUCGUUACCUGAUGAAUCACUGCCAGAGACAAAAGAUAUAGCGUUAUGGACAGCACAUCGUGUCAUGGAAUGGUUACGUGUUGUAGAUUUAGCUGAAUAUGCACCAAAUUUACGUGGUGCUGGUGUACAUGGGGCAUUAAUGGUAUAUGAACCAAAAUUUACAGCCGAAUUAAUGGCAACAUUAUUAAAUAUACCACCUAGUAAAACAUUAUUACGACGGCAUUUAAGCACUCACUUCAAAGAAUUACUUGGACGUGAUGUGAUACAAGAGAAACGUGAAGCUGAAACUGUAUUAGGUUAUAUACCAUUGACACCAGCUACCAAAUUAAAAAUUGUUAAGAAAUCACAAUUUUCUUUAAAACGUAAGAAAAGUAAAGGUGAAUUAGACUUUGGCGAUUUGGUGUGUCCAAUGAAAACUGGACAAUCAUCAUCCCAGUCAGGUGAAAUUAUUGCCAAUAAUAAUGGCACUUCUACACAUGGGGAUGCUAUUAGUAGUGGUACGAUGAAGAAAACACCAGGCGAAAAGGACAUGGCUGUUUAUCAUCUCGUUAAUGAUGGUGGUACAGAUGAUGUAUUCCAUGCACAUCGAUCAUCCCCAUUACCACAACGGCUAAAAGAUUCCAUUCUUGUCUAAUAAAAAUGUUUUGUUUUUAUAAAAUUAACAAAAAA